AAGUUCUUCUACGAAGCACAGUCCUCUUCUCAUUUUCACCGCUCCGAACAAUUUCCCUUUACUUUCUGGUUCAAUUCUGAACCUCUUGGUAAAACUAAAAACCAAACGGGUCGAGUUACAGGCAUUCACCGAGUUACUAGAACGGACUGAAGAAACCCCUGUCUUAGCCGGAUAUCGGUACCGUCGCUAAGGGGCCCAUCCCCGUCGCCGGUAAGACUCUCUGGGUUUGGUCCUUAAGAAAAUUAGGGAAAGUGGAAGAGGAAGGGAAAUUUUGAUUCCUGACUUUGUUCUGUCAAGUAUAGACGGAGGGUCUCCUUCAGGGAAUGCCUAUUUGAUAUAAAUUUUUAUACUUAUAUAAUUCAUUGCUUGCUCAGACUUCAAUUUUUUUAUGCUUAUGACUGGCUGGAAAAAAACUGUGGGUAUGUCGGUUGUGGGUGUUGUAUAUCUUGAACUGAAGGACUUUUUAUAGGGUAUUAUCUCUCUUUUGUUUCAACUGAAGGUGAAAUCCUAGAGGAGGAUAUCAGUGCUGUUCUAUGUGGUGUUUUUCAUGUUCUUUUGUUGGAUGCAUUAUGCCAUUACUUUUGCAGUGAAAUGAGAUGGGAUAGUCAUGAUUGAUGAUGAAAAAAAAUUCCAUCCACGAAGUUUUAAACAGAAGAAGCGGUCUUGAUUUUGUUUACAACCAAGCGUAUCUGCAGAUACUACAGUUGCGAUGCGCUGCUAUUAAUUCCUAAAACUAUUUCUCUUUAUGUUAAGUGGAGCCGUGGUGCUAAUAAGUUUGGUGUAAGAUACGAAGAUGUCUUGAUGGAAGGUGACCAUGCUAAGGUGAGAGUGCAGGUUUUCUCUUGUGGUUAUUAAUGAUGGACAUUCAAAGUUGCUCAGAGUUGAGUGAACCCCCACAGAUGCUACCGCCUUCACCUGGAACAUUUGUGGAUCGUGAAGAACUAAUCCAGCAUGUUGGGGACUUUGCUGUGUCCCAGGGAUAUGUAGUUACAAUUAAGCAAUCUAAGAGAGACAGAGUGGUUGUCCUUGGCUGUGAUAGAGGAGGUGUUUAUCGUAAUAGGCGGAAAUCUGCUGAUGAGUCCUCUGCUGAAUGUACUCGCAGAAGAAAGACUGGAACUCGGCUGACUAAUUGUCCUUUUGAAGCUGUGGGAAAGAAGGAUGAUGGCUUGUGGGUCCUUACCAUAAAAAAUGGAACACAUAACCAUGAACCCAUAAAAGACAUCUCGGAGCAUCCCUCGGCUCGGCGCUUUACAGAGAGAGAAAUUCUUCUAAUUAAAGAAAUGACAGAAGCUGGAUUAAAACCUCGCCAAAUUCUAAAGAGACUAAGGCAAAGCAAUCCAGAUCUUUUAUCAACUCCAAAACAUGUUUACAAUGUUAAAGCUAAACUCCGACAAGGAAAUAUGACAGUGAGGAACUUCAAGUCCUUGGGACCUCAGAAGUCUGCUGUAAGAAACAAUUAUCUUGCCGUUACAAAGCCAUCUUGGAGGCAGCGCGACCCUCCGAGAGUUCCUAAUCUGAUUGGUGGUAGAUUUGUUGAUUCACAAUCCUUCACCUCUAUUGAUGUUUUGAACCCUGCAACACAGCAAGUUGUUUCCCAAGUUCCUGUAACUACAAUUGAGGAGUUCAAAGCUGCGGUAUUUGCAGCAAAGCGGGCCUUUCCAUUGUGGCAAAACACGCCAAUCGUGACUCGUCAACGCAUCAUGUUCAAGUUCCAAGAGCUUAUUCGCAGAGACAUUGAUAAGCUUGCUAGGAUUAUUACUGCUGAACAUGGAAAGACAUUGAAGGAUGCUUAUGGUGAUGUAUUACGUGGGCUAGAGGAGGUGGAACAUGCUUGUGGACUGGCGACUUUGCAAAUAGGGGAAUUUGUUUCUAAUGUAUCUAAUGGAACUGAUAGCUACAGCAUUAGAGAGCCGCUUGGUGUUUGUGCUGGGAUUUGCCCCUUUGACUUUCCGGCUAUGAUUCCUUUAUGGAUGUUUCCUAUUUCAGUCACAUGUGGCAAUACAUUUAUUCUGAAGCCAUCGGAGAAGGAUCCAGGGGCUGCAGUAAUGCUUGCAGAGCUAGCCGUAGAAGCUGGCUUGCCUAAUGGUGUCCUAAAUAUUGUUCAUGGCACCAAUGACAUUGUUAAUGCGAUUUGUGAUGAUGAUGAUAUUAAAGCUGUCUCAUUUGUUGGUCCAAAUGCAGCUGGUGCUUAUGUCUAUGCAAGAGCAUCAGCUAAAGGGAAGCGUAUUCAGUCCAAUGUUGGAGCUAAAAAUCAUGCAGUUGUAAUGCCUGAUGCAAGUGUAGAAGCUACUUUGAAUGCCCUGGUUGCUGCUGGUUUUGGUGCUGCAGGACAAAAGUGCGUGGCCCUUAGCACGGUUGUUUUUGUUGGAGGCUUAAAUCCUUGGGAAGAUAAACUAGUGGAGCAUGCCAAAGCAAUUAACGUAAACGAAGGUACAGAAUCAGAUGCUGACCUUGGACCAGUGAUUAGCAAGCAGGCAAAGGAACAAAUAUGCAGAUUGGUCCAAGCAGGUGUUGAUACUGGUGCAAAACUGGUCCUUGAUGGGAGAAAUAUUGUGGUUCCAGGAUAUGAACAUGGUAAUUUCAUUGGUCCCACCAUCUUGUCCAAUGUCACGAUCAACAUGGAGUGUUACAAGGAAGAAUUUUUUGGCCCAGUUCUUCUUUGUAUGCGGGCUGAAAGCAUCGAAGAGGCCAUAAACGUUGUUAACAGAAAUAAAUAUGGCAAUGGAGCUUCUAUAUUUACAACCUCUGGUGUUGCUGCAAGGAAAUUCCGAACUGAGAUUGAAGUUGGGCAGGUUGGCAUAAACGUUCCCAUCUCUGUACCUCUGCCUUUUUCCUCAUUUACUAGCUGCAAGCCAUCCUUUGCUGGUGAUCUCAAUUUAGAUGGCAAGGCUGGAAUUCAGUUUUACACCCGGGGGAAGACGGUGACUCAACAGUGGAAGGAUUUACCAGGCAGCAAUGAUGCAUCCCUGGCAAUGGCAAGUUCUUAGUGGUUAUAACAUGUGGUAUAUAUAGAAGUGGGAGAGGGCUGCUUGGGUUGACUCCUCUCUGUCGGGCCAGCAGUUGCUCCAAUCACCCUCAGCAUAUAGUACUGGAUAUACAUGUAUAUAUAGCAGCAGAUUGUAUGACCAGGUUUAAUUUUGAGAAUGUGUAAAACCUAUGAAGAAAUGGGCACUCCAUUAAUGUAUGUAUGCAUAUGUCAUGCAUGUGCUCUUGUGCAUAUAAUUUCAAGCAAUCCUAGUUGAAGUUCUAA